GGUACAAACAAAGAGACUUUUUCUUGGAGAAAGACACAGCAUCAUAAGAGGAGCAAAGGAAUGGAAAAAAUUACUCUUAAGGUUGCUGUCUACUUCUUGGUACAUAAUUUUACUUUUUCUGGAGUGCGUUCAAGGUCUGUUCACGUCGAGCAGACAUCUCAAAGACGAACAUACAGCAAUGUUUUGAUUGGACCCUCGAAUCAAAAUAUAUCCGAAGAUUUAAAAGUUAAUUUAACGACAGAAUCAAUUCCCGGCGAAGCCAGUAAUGGUCACACCAACUUUACCUCAGUACUGCAACUGCGACACAAACGUAAUUGGCUUUCUUGCGUGGAUAGUCAAAGACUUGAGUGGAACAACUGCUUAGGCAGGUACUUCAACAAAAUUAAAUGCAAACUUCUGAGUGUCGCAUGUUUGUCGGCGAAUAAUGUCCCACCUAAGUGUAUUGAACAUUCCAUGGUACUUCCCGGUAGGAAUGGCAGACGUUGUAAGGUACUUAAGAGCUGCUCAUGCGCAGCCUAACAUCAUGGAAAGUACAAAGUUGUGGCUAUAAAUAUUAUUUGACGUUCGUUUUAUCCGUGUUGCCGCCCAAGGACACAGAACACAUUUGUUCGUGCGACGUUUGAGAAAGGCUUGUACGACUUUUAAUAAGACUUCUCUAAGCAGGUUUCUCAGUUAAGAUUUUAUUUUGCUGGAUUAAGCAAAAAUCGGAAUUCUAGAAAGCAAUUGGCCUUUUGCUUACUGAUAUAUUUAAUAAUAUAAAUUUGACUGGGAUUAGUUGUAGCCAGCUCAACAAGGUCUGGUUACUGAAUAUUUGAUGAUGUAGUAUUGAUAGGUGAC